AUGGCCACUCAAGCAAAAAUUGAGCAAGACCAUUUUCGUCCAUCAGCAAACUUUCCCUCCAGCGUUUGGUGCUGCUCUUUUGCAUUAAUAUGUGAUGUGGGUGAUCAUCAUGAAUCAGAUGUUUUUAACAAAUUCAAAGACAAUGAUGGAGGGUUCAAGAAAGCCAUCACCAAUGAUGUGAAAAGCCUCCUUGGCUUAUACGAAGCUAGCUUUCUAUGUGUGCAUGGAGAAGAUAUUUUAGAUGAAGCCCUUGCUUUUACAAAGCAAUACCUGGAAACUCUAGCUGAGCAGCAUGGAAAGACUAAGAUUCAUCAAUAUAUAUCCUUUUACGAAAAAGAGGAGUCUCGCAAUGAAACCCUGUUGAAGUUUGCAAAGUUGGACUACAAUCGAAUUCAAUUAUUAUAUAGACAAGAGCUAGCCAUUCUCUCAAGGUGGUCGAGAGACUUGAAUGUUACACACAAGUAUCCUUAUACAAGAGAUAGAAUUAUGGAGGCCUAUGUAUGGGCACUUGGAAGCAUUUGCGAGCCUCAGUUUGGUGCUUCUCGGUUGAUGAUUGCUAAGUAUGUGCAAGUGGAGACAGUGCUAAAUGACACGUACGACGCAUAUGGAACACUGGAUGAGCUCUAUCGUUUUACAGCCGCAUUUGAAAGGUGCAAUGUUGAUGGUAUUGAUGAUUAA